UGUUUUAUGAUGAUUACCAUUUUUAGAUUUACAUUCCAAAUCUCAUUCUUACCGUAGUAUGUACAACCAAUACCUACCGUGCUGGCUUUAAACAAACUUCCCAUCUAUUUAUUUUAUGUAAGGUAGUCAUUUCAAGUAAUAUGUUAUUUAGCAUUUCAUUAAAUUUUUGUAUAAUGAACUCCCCCUUGUAUACUUACUCUCUUAUGUAAUACCCCUACAUACUACCCCAUUUGCUCCCUUACGUAUUCCCCGUAUGUUAUCCCUUUUAUACAUAUAUACAUGCCCUCACGACUACCCUAUGUAAACCCUCAUGUAUGUCCACCCCUUUAUACCUAUGUAUAUUGCCCACAGUAGCUUAGAUGCCAUAAGGAAGGUGGUCGGGCGUCUUCUUGUAGGUCAAUCAACGUACGAUAGGCGCGAUCAAUUACUAGAACUAACGAGACGGGUUACUUGUCUAAUCAAAACCAAUCUGUCAAAGGUUGAUCUUGAUUAAUUGGUGAUUUUAUUUUGAAAAUAUUGGGCGAGUUGCAUAGAUGGCCUGUAAGGGCAGAACUAGUAUUUUUUCUUGUCAUCUGCACACCCGCGUUAGUUAGGAAAUUUUGCGUAAUGGCAUCUCCAGUAUAGUUAUUUCGUUCUCCAUGAUAUUACCCUAUGACUCCUACGAACUCGCUAUAUAUUGUAUCUGAGAUCUCAAAUGUGUUUCCCCUAUGUGUCACUUACAUAUAUGUAUGAGCCCUUAUGCACUCUUAUGUACCCCCCUAUGAACUCCGAACAAAAGAACUUUUACUACCCCUAUGUAGUCCUCCUAUGUACUAUCUUGAGUAUACCCACCCUUAUGAUCUACCUAACUAUACAUAUACGCCUAUGUUACAUCUUUAUGUACACACCCGAGUAUGUAAAUAGCUUUGUAUGUGUAAUAAACAACUCCUAUACCUAUAGGUACUCAGUACUCCACUUAUGAGCAUUACUUCCUACUAAAAAGAAAGUACCUACUUUACCUAUCACCUAUGUUCUCCCCAUUAUUAGACCCUUAGCCAUUUUUACAAAAAUGCCGAUUACAUAAAGCGUUUGCAAUAAGAAGGGCCGAAAGGUGAGACAUAUUUUUGAAUAUUUGAACUAUGCUAAUUUUGCUUAUUGUUCCUAUACGUACAGUUCAGUUAAGUAAUCAACCUCCUUGUUUAGUGGUCAUUCAACCAUGGCCUACAUGCGACGCUACCCAACAUUGGGACAGGGGAGUUCAUGACUCAUACAAGGGUUGAUUCAAUCCAUUAGUAAUACGUCGACCCUUCCUACAUCUGUCAUGUAACAGUAGUUCUUGUGAAUCUUUCCAAUAAUACAAUAUUGUAAGAUAGUGAGUGACGUAUCUAUAUACUUAAUAGCCCGUACAUCAGAUGCCGUACCGUACAUGCACGUAUUGUGGUUUCGUAGUGCUACAAGGAACGACAUAUUGGACAGAUCUGUUCGUGCGGCACUUUCUGUUUCAAGAGGAGCAGUCGAUAGACUGUGACGAUUUGUUGUUUUUUGUAAGAAAACGCCACGUGAAGGGCUCCUCGCGCUACCUGCCAAAGUACGAGACCGACGUCGAGGUGUUCCGGAAGGAUUCCAAGAAGCUGCCCAUCGGAGACCCAGAGAUAGACUGGGAGGAGACGGUCUACCUUAAUCUGAUCGUGCAUCAGUUUGACUACACGCUAACGCUGGCCAUCUGCACGCGGACCAGUCCCAAGGAGCUGCAGGUCCUCAAGCGGCACUCGCAAAAGGUGUACGCGUCGCCGAGCCGCCGCAAGAUGGACACGAAGGGCGAGGGCGAGGAGAUGACCUACCCCCACAUUUGCUUCAUGGUGGACAACUUCGACGAGGUGUUCUGCGACAUAGUGGUGCGCGACGGCGAGAUGGUGUGCGUGGAGCUGGUGGCGCGCGGCCGGGGCUGCGCCGCGCAGGCCGUCAUCUUCCUCGGCUCCAUCCGCUACGACAUCCUCACCAGGGUCUACGACUCCAGGCAAACGUCGCUGUCGACGAAGGUGGCGCAGCGCAUGUCGUUCGGGCUGCUGGGCGGCAAGACGGCGGCGCGUUGCGAGUUCGUGCGCAUGAAGGGGCCCAGCGGCAAGGGCCACGCCGAGAUGGCGGUGUCGCGGCCCCACGCCACCGGCCUCGACACGCCCUCCUCCGAGCCCGGCCUGCCCGCCACCGACAUGUGGGACAGCGACUGGGACGACGACCCCGAGGAGAUGUUCAUGUACAGGCACCAGCGCCGGCUGAGUGACCCGAGCGCGAACAUCAACAACUUCGUCCGCGGCGGGUGGCGCACGCGGGACUCGCGCGACAAGAGCCGCUCCGAGAAUGAGGGGCUGGACUCACUCGUCAACGGCAUCGCUGAAGUGGAGGCCGGUGACCUGCGCGACGGGCGGCGCGCGGACGUGUCGUCGCCGGCGUGCCUGGGCGCGGUGUCGCGGCGCGUGGCGGCGCAGCGCUCGGCGUCGGCGGACGCGUCGCAGCCGCCGCGGCGCCGCACGCCGGACGGCACGGCCGUGUACUACUGGUGCGACCUGCCGCGCCGCCACGCCGAGCUGGACGACGGCGCGUACAACCCGCUGUGGGCGACGCGCGGCUUCACGCAGACCUUCCACCUGUGGAAGGAGGGCAAGCGCCAGCAGUCCACGCCGCUCAACGCCUACCUCACCUACGUCACGCUGCCCUGGUGGACCAUCGCCAAAGACAUCCUGGACCACCGCGAGGAGCCGGUGCUGACGUUCUGAGUGUCCGACUGACCUCAACGUUUUGUACUCUGUACACACACCCUCACGACGCCGUGCGGACCCCAACCAACGCACAAACUUACUCUAAGUACUGUUGUUUAGUGAUAAACUGAACUCAAUCCAGCCCUGUGAGAUGUCCAUUCCAAUACUGAUUAUUUACUUAUACAAAAAUGUUACAUGUUACGGGCUUCGAACUCGCUACAAAAAACUGAUGAAAAAUAUCUAAUUUUAUCCUUAUUUAAUAAGCCAAAAUGAUAGAUCUUCCUAUGAUAAAGUUAGUUUAAAAUUUAAGUGACCACAUUGACACACAUUCUUGGCCUGAAUGUAGCCUUUGCAUAGCUUUUCUAGCAUCGAUUGCUGAAGCUGUAUCGAGGACUUCCGAUAUUGAACAAUGAAGAUUUAUGUCGUUUUCGCUGAAAACCAUGUGGGCACUUUAGCAUAAAUGACACCUCCUAUUGAAUAGGUACUUUAAACUGUAACAUUGUUAUUAAAAACAGGAAAUAUUGUAAGAAUAAUACAUGGUAUUCAGCUAUAAAAGGACUGGUCUAUACCUACCCCAUGUGUCAAUAAUACCCACACAGCUAUAGACACGUAAGUCAUGGUGUAUCAUAUAGUGAGGGUGUAAUGAUUGCCUUAUGGUGCGCCGUGUCUUUCUGAAUAUUUCGGUGUCGUGUGUCGUGUCUGGUAUUACGUGUACUACGCUUGCGCUACACUUGUGAUCACUCAACUUCAUUUCAUUUAGAUAUAACUUCAAAAGUAUUUUAUACUUGACAAGGAAAAUGCCCGUAGCAAUAUUACAAAAGGAACAAAUAGAUUUUAGGCCUUUAGUUUCAAACAAUUAAUAUUUUCCUCGAUAAACAAUGGAGGAUAUAUAUUUAAUGAAUCAGUUAAAUUCAUUACCACUGUAAGGAAAUGUUAAACUAUUGCAUCAGUAAAACAAACAUUUGUUUUCAAUAUUUGCCUCCGCGCUCGUACUUGCUAACAAUAUUAGUUUUGUCAUCACAUUUACCUGAAUCAUGUAAUGGAUACGUAAUAGUGGGACACAUUGUUCUGACGCAAAGUGACCUUCGUUACCGAAACAAUGUGCAUUAUUUGUCUGCUGUGUACCUACACACCAGUAUCAAGCUUAUUGAUCUGUAAAACUUGCACCAAAUCACUGACAUUGUAAACUGUAUUACAAAGUUUACAUCACACCACUAUCAUUACGGACGAGAUAGUUAUCAAUGUCCACCAUAAAGUGCCGUAUUUAUGAAGUUAUCUGAUCACGGGUACAAAUCAUCAUAAUUGUAAACUACAGAUUGCUUCAUAUUGUUUCAGAAAUUCAUCGCCUUUAGUGUGUGUGAAUAUAAGCACACAUUAUGACUACAUAUCACAAACGUUGGCUUAGCUAUGGAUACUGUUCCUAUUACUGAAACGCUUUUACAGGAAUAUUGUUUAAUUUCAAGACUCACUCGAAUAAGCUAAUAAUAUUAAAGUUCUUGUUUGUUUGUGUGCUAGGCGUAAUGUGCCAUAUUUUUUGUACAUUCCAGAUAGAAAGGCCAGUAGGUUAUCAAACUGGCGUCUCGUGUAUGUUUGGGCGCCAUGUCUCUGUUACCAGGUAUAGUUUGUAAUGUCCUCUGAAAUUAUCCUUAAAAGACAAUUAUUAUUUUAUUUAUUUUACCACAACAAUGAACCUCGUACCUGUGUAAUCAUUGAACUUUAGAAUGAUUGACAUUCAUGCCAUGACCAGAAUAUGUGAUUACCUACUGUUAUUAAAAAAUAUUUGUGUUAAUUUGUAAGUAAAUAAGAUGAUGGAUACUAAAUUGUAUAUUAUGUGCGGCUGAUAGCCGUAACUAAUACUCUAGUCACUGUAUGUUUUCUAGUCACAGCUUAGAAUUAAGAUUAUUUAUUUUGUACACUGCCAUACUGUUCGGGGAAUGACAAAAUUAUUUGAAGUAAACUAAAAUUUGUUUGCUUGUUCAAUAAGUUGAAGCAUAAUGCUUCAGUAGACAAGUUACUUGAAUCAACUGAACAGUAGACUGUGAACGUUAUAAAACAAAUGACAUUAUUUUUGUAAUAGCUGUGAGAACUUUACGUCAUGUUAAUCGAAUUAGUUGAACAUAUUUUUGUAAUCAUUCUCACACAUGUGAAUCUCUCUCUAAAACUAUAUUCAUAAUUAAUCUACUUGUAAGUGGUACGUUAAUAAUACUGGAUUUGAAAUAAAUCAUAUGACGGAUGAUAAACUUUUGACCCAUGAGCAAUGAACAUGUUAUACAAAGUUGUCUGCAAGAAAUAGCAUAUUUUUGUAAUAAGAGUUAUAACGCAUUGUAACAUUAUGUCAUUAAGCCUUAAUUAGUGAGAGGUAUCAUUCCAGUCGCGGCAGUGUGACCUGUGCGGGGCCGGACAGUGCUGAACCGACGUGACUGACAAACAAUUGAAAUGGCAUUAGUAUUGACUGUAGAGCCCACAGACCAGUCCCGCACAUGAGCGCUGCUGUGGAACCAUAUAUUUAUAUUGUUUGAACUAUAAGCUAGUCAAGAUAUACUAAACAUGCAUAGUUUAAUAUUUGUAUGAUAUGACUGAAUUAAAUUAUUGUAACGGC